AUGCCCUCACCGGACCCAUCUUCGCCGCCGGCAACAAGCCCUUCCAAUGCUACACCACACAUCCGUCUGAACUCUGCCAGUACUGACCUCGUUGUGGGAGAUCCACCUGCUGUGCGACCCGCGCCUUCGCGUCAGAUCUCAUCGCGCUCCUUGACUUCAGAUGGCGCGUCCACCGGUGGUCAAUCGGCAUUGGUAUAUGGCUACCCCGGGCCCGUGGCAGAGUCUGCCGAAUUCCUCAUACCGCCAAGGGUAUCGCGGACCAGAAGAUUUAGAGAUGAGGAUUCACCCUCUUCUAUGCGCUCGCCCUCGGGCAUAUCCUCCCGGAGGACGAGCUGGAGCUCCGACUCUGGCACCAGCAGGGACAGUCGCAUGGGGCCAUUCGUCUCACCGUUCGACGAUACCCGGACGCCUUCAAGAGCAGGGAGCGAUGAAGAGAACAUCAACACCCAAACCGUCUCGGAAAAGUACAAUAUCAUGCCAUCACCAGGGCUCCUGCUGUUCCCCGAAGACGUUGAGAAAGAUGAUUGGUUGCACAACCCAGACCCCGAUGAAAAGGACACAAGAGAUUGUGAUAUCUUCAACAGGCGUGGAGCGCUCAACAUGGGGGGCCUGGCGAUCCUUACCAUAGGCCUGCUGAUGCUCUUCAUUGGAUAUCCAGUCCUGACUUUUGCUCAAAAACUUCUCGAGCCACAGAAUGCAUGUUCUUCAAAUCCCGAUUGCAUCGAUGUCCACCAAGACCUGCUCAAGAAUAUCCGACAUGGCUUAAUCGACAAAGACACUCCAGAAAACGUGAAAACGAGGAAGUCUGUCUACACUGGGAAAAAGCAGACUUUAGUGUUCUCCGACGAGUUCAACGUGGAUGGUCGGACAUUUUACGACGAGGAUGAUCCGUAUUUCCAGGCAGUUGACAUCUGGUAUGGUGUCACGCAAGACUUGGAGUGGUAUGACCCCGACGCCGUCAUCACUAAGGAUGGUACUCUAAACAUUCGCUUUGAUGCUCAUUCUAAUCAUGAUUUGGAGUACCGUUCCGGCAUGGUGCAGUCAUGGAAUAAGCUUUGUUUCAAAGGUGGCCACCUUGAAGCGUCCAUUUCCCUGCCUGGUCGUGGAGAUACUGUUGGUUUCUGGCCAGGCUUCUGGGCCAUGGGAAACCUAGGUCGGCCUGGAUACGCGGCGACCACGGACGGCAUGUGGCCUUAUACAUAUGAUGAUACAUGUGAUGCUGGUAUUACGCCGAACCAGAGCUCAUCGGACGGUAUCAACUAUCUUCCAGGUAUGAAAUUGCCUGCCUGUACCUGCCGAGGCCAGGACCAUCCCAACCCAGGCAAAUCACGGAGCGCGCCAGAGAUAGAUGUCAUCGAGGCCAGCAACGCUGCAUUGGAUGAAAAAGGAAAUUUUAUUGGCGUUGUAUCGCAGAGCGCACAGUUGGCACCUUUUGACGUCUGGUACCAUCCAGAUUACGAUUUCAUGGAAGUGUACGAUCACUCUAUCACCUCUAUCAAUUCGUACGCUGGUGGGCCUUAUCAGCAGGCUAUAUCUGGUUUGACGAACCUCAACAACGACUGGUACGAUGGAAAAGCUUAUCAAAAAUAUGCCUUCGACUACACGCCUGGCAGCGAUGGUCAUAUUACUUGGUUUGUUGGUGACGCUGCUACAUGGACUUUAGACGCCCGAGCUGUUGCAAAGAACGGCAACAUAGCUCAAAGGGUGAUUCCUGAGGAACCCAUGUCCAUCAUCAUCAACUUUGGCAUGUCCGACAGUUUUUCCGCCAUCAACCUGACUGGAAUUACUAGUACGCUACCGGCGACCAUGAGACUUGAUUACAUACGUAUAUACCAGGAUGAGGACAACCCCAUUAUGACUUGCGAUCCACCAGGUUACCCAACUACAGGCUACAUCAAAAAUCACCCUGAACCUUACGCGAAUAUCAAUCUGACGCAAUGGUCACAAACGGACUAUGUCUGGCCCAAGAACUCACUCACUAGUAAUUGCGAUACGUAA